AUGAGACAUCUCCGAAAUAGAACAAUAAAUAGAGAUGCAAAUGACGAAGUGAAAAGAACAUUGAGAUCGAGGACAGUUUCUUUAGAAGACAGAUUACAUGCUAGAAAGAGAUCCUUACAUAAUCCCAGAGAUAAAUCAUUACAGAAGAUCAAUGUGCCACAAUUAACGCGGCAACUUCAAUUAAACGAUAGGGAUGAGAUAACCUCAAAUAUUACCCCAAAGGAUACCACAGAAUAUCUGGCAGAACCUUCAUUUGAAAGAAAUGCUACAAAUGAUUCUGAAUCUGAAACUACUGAACAUUGGGUAUUACCACAUAAUAGAUCCGAGGCCAACCAAUUGAACCCAAAUAUAGAAUUCCUGUAUAGUAGAGAGAUGAAUUAUGAAUCAAAAUACAUUCAAUUCCUGCAAUCUGUGAAAAUUAAAUAUAAUCCUCAGAAAUUUUUAAAUUUUAACAGAUUACUAAGUAAUGAUUUUGUAUUUCAUGAAAAUAAUACACAUAUAGUGCCUCAUCGAUACACCAAGGUAGAUUCUGAAUUUCGUGAUGUUCUUUAUAAGUCCAUCUAUUCUACCAAAAAGGAAUACUCUAUUGAUCGCACGAAACCCGAAACAAAUGAUCGUAAAAUAUUUGCAAGCACACUUGCUAAAUCUAGCGCAACAAAAUACAUUAAUAGUAAUAUUUUAUCGACUUAUACUUUCGAUUUUAAAAGGGAAACAAAGAGCUCACCUUUUGUUGCGAAAUCGCAAGUAAAAGCAAUCUGCAUAAAUAAUAACGAAAUUAAAACCCUUUAUCCAAGUCCUUAUCCUGAACAUGUCAAUAGUGAAUCUAUAAUUUUCAUAUGUGAAAACUGCUUGUCAUAUUGCUCCUCGAGAUUUAAAUAUUGGCGCCAUAAACAAAAAUGUUCCUCCCAUUUCGCACCUCCAGGGUCAGUAAUCUACCGAGACAAAUCAAUUAGGUUAUUUGAAAUAGAUGGAAGAGAAAAUCAAACAUAUUGUAGGAAUCUUUGUCUGUUGUCAAUGCUUUUUCUUAGAUCAAAAACAUUAUUCUAUGAGGUAGAUCCAUUUGUAUUUUAUGUAUUAUAUUCUGAAAACCAUUUAGUAGGCUAUUUUUCCAAAGAAAAAUUAAAUUCUACUGAUUAUAACCUUAGUUGUAUUCUAACAUUGCCUACCUUCAGAAGACAGGGCUUCGGAAAUUUAUUGAUGGAAUUCUCUUACCUUUUAUCAAGGAGGGAAUUUAAAGUUGGUACUCCUGAGAAACCCCUUUCAGAUUUAGGGCUACUCACAUAUAGAUAUUAUUGGAAAUGUAAGUUGGCAGAAACUCUAUUAAAUUUGCGUCAAUUAAACUUCAAUGGCGAUGCAUCAAUAAAUAUUUCAUUAAAGGAAUUAUCUACUAUUACUGGUUUCACAGCUACAGAUGUAGUCUUUGGUUUGGAGCAAUUAGACGUUUUAUUCACACUGGCCAAUAAAUCUAAAUUUAUUAUUGCUAUCAGAAAUUGGUCUUAUAUUGAAGAUGUCAAUGAAAAAUGGCGACAGAAAAUGAUAUGGCAUAUCAAGAUAGAGAAUUUAUUAUGGAAACCACUUGUAUUUGGUCCAUCUUGUGGAAUAAAUGCCGUUAGCAAUAAUAGUAACCUCGAUUCACAGACAAGUAAAAUUUUAAAGUCAAUUGCGAAUGUCGAUUACCAUAAUUCGGAUGUGUUUAAUGAACAUCUUACGGUUAUGAUAGACCACAUGACGGAUGACGUAGCAGAUGGACAAGAUAUGGAAAAUGUUUUAUUGAACAAAAUUAAAAGUAGAAUAACUUGUACAGAAGACCACAAAACUUUUACUGUUGAUCUAAAUGACCAUUGGCAAUCUUGUUUGAUAAAACCAUUCGUUCCUGGGGUAAAAUCUAAACUACCUGUCACAAAGUCUAAUUAUACAGAUUCAAUCCAAAGAUCAAUUUCCUCAGGAAUUGAGAAUAAAAAUGAAGAUAUAGAUGUUGAUGAGAAUAUGUCAACUUUAGGAAAUAUUGAUGAAUCUAACAGCAAUGAUGAAGAUUAUAAUGCAAGUCACGAUGGCGAUGGCGAUGGUGAUGAUGACGACGAUGAAGUGGAUAUGGAAUAUAAUAUUAACCGAUGA